AUGGUUCAACUUACCGAGGUCGAGGACGAGCACUUCCAGUCCGGCCAGGCCGGCCCCAUCGACGACGACGCCGAUUACUCCGACACUGACUCCGAGAUCUCUGAGGACAGCGACUACAACCCCCGCGACGAGUCCUUCGCCGAGCGCCUAUACGCCCUCAAGGACAUUGUGCCCCCGACCACCCGCGGCUGGAUCAGCAACAAGGUCGACUUUGGCGUCAGCGCCGUCCAGAACACGUGGUACUACGGCUCCCGCACCGUCUGGGUCGUCUGCGCCACCGCCCUCAUGAUUGGUGUCCCCCUGGCCACCUGCUGGGCCGAGGACCAGCAGAUCGAGGGCAUGGAGCGCGAGUACCGCAUGCGCGAGAUGGGCGGCGACGCGCUCUUGGCCGCCGGCGAGGGCAAGGAGGGCAGCACGGCUGAGCAGGUCGGCAUCGCUCUCGACCGCUCCGAGGCCAAGCCCGCUCUGUAA